UCCAACCCGGAUCCCCGCCGGGAUCACCUCCAGCCCGGAUCACCUCCAGCCUCAGCGCGGGCAGCGGGAGCCGGCGCUGCCGCCUGAGGGAAAGCGGUGGGAGAGGUCUAAGCGCCGGCGAUGUGAUCCAGGUCACACAAAGUCACCCUUGCCACAGGACCCAAAGCUGUGGCUCAUUCCCAGGUUUCUCCAGGAGUUCUGUCCUUCAGCUUCUUCUCAAGCAUGCAGUGACCACUGGUGGCUUCCUGCCUCAGGGACCAGGAGAGAAUGCUCCAAUGGAGAGCUUCCAGAAAUGCAUUUUGCUUCCCCUCAUCCUGACUGCCUCGCUGCCAGGUCUGGGCUUUUGUUACUCCAUCACAAGAGGCCCUGAGAACGCCACAGUCCUGGCUGGCUCAGAGGCCAGGUUCAACUGCACGGUGUCUGCAGGAUGGAAAGUCCUCAUCUGGCUCUCCAAGGGCAGUCCUGUCCUCACUGUGCUCAACUCCCAGGGCUCGGUGGAAACCACAGAACGCUUCACCUCCAGGAACUACAGCAGUGGGGAUGAGUUCACCUCGGAGCUGAUCAUCCACAACACCCAGCUGAGUGACUCUGGCAGGAUUGAGUGCAGCAUCCAGCAACCCAGCCAGAACAACUUUGCCUUUCUCUCUGUUCAAGUUAAUGGAUCUUUACUCAUCAAAAAUAGCACCUUAACAGUAAAAGACAACCAAACAAUUGAGAUUGUUUGCGAAGCCUUAGGAUGGGCUCCAGCUCCAGACAUUGCCUGGAUGACAAAUGACUCUUUGGUUGAUAAGUCGAGCUAUGUUACCCAGCAAAGUCCAGGAUCUCAAGGCCUCUACAAUGCCCUGAGCACCUUAACUGUGACUCCGAGGGACACUGAGGUUUUGACUUGUUUAGCUGACAUAGAAGCACUUCCCAGCCCACAGAAUGCAACUGUAACUCUUAUUUUUGACAACUCUGCCACGGAAAAUUAUUACAGUGAAGACAACAGGAGCACGUGGGUUAUUGUAGUUGCAGUUGUACUUUCAUUUCUUGGCAUUGUCCUCCUGGUCGUUAUUAUUGUGGUUGCUGUGCGCUGCUGCCUGAAGAGGAGAGGAUCUACUUAUCAAAAUGAGAUAAGAAAAGUUUCAGCUGAGAAGAAAAAAGAUGGUGAUUUGGAAAACAGGCAGGGGAGUGGCAGUGAAAAUCUGGGAUACAUUCCAGAGGAAUUGUGGAACACAGAGCAAAGCCCAGGAAUUUCCUCUCUUCCCCCAGUAUUUUCCAAGUUUGCUGGCCCUGAUGACAAUUUGCACAUCAGUUCUGUACCAAAGGUGCGACCCCAAAGACGUACUGAUUAUCUGAUCAGCCCAAAGAAAAUCAGGAAUGUGACACUCGUGUAGGAUGUACUUCUCCAAGAAGUUGCUUUUUAACAUGUUUGGAUGCCUUCAUGCAAUGGAAAAAAGUUAAAACCAGUUGUCUCAGUUUAACUUAUAAGUUAUUUUUCUUUCUUUUAUUUUUUUUCCCUUGUGCAAUGAAAUAAAAUUGCAACCUUUAUAAUGCAGCACAUGAUAUCAAAAUAAUGGACAUAAAUGACAUCAAUAGACUGCCCUAAUUUCCAAGACAAUGAGUUUGAUGGGACUGUGGAGAAGAAUCCACGUUUUGGGUCCCAAGAAAAUCAGCAAAACUGUCUGACAGGAAUGUUAUGUUACAGCAAGAUCAAGGACUGGAAAUGCAAGAUAUUUAUUAUUUCAGAAAAACUGGUUAAUAAUAAUAAUAAUGGUUAAUACAAUAUCUAUGCUUUUAAACACAUUUUAUGUACAGCUGAUCAUCUUGAGCUUUCAGAUCAACAACAUUUUUCCAUUCCUAUUCUGUAAUAAAAUCAAGGGAUGUUUUCAUGGGGCUGCUUCAGAAUUUCUAACAAAACUAUCUUUGGAUCAGAAAUGACAUUUCUCCAUUUCAAUACAUUAUUUUAUAAGAAGUAUUUGCCUUAAAAUUCCAUUUCAAAAUAAAACCCAAUCACCCGUGUGCCAAAAAAAUCCUUUUUUAAGAAAAUUGAAAUUCAAAUAUCUUAAGUUGAAAAAUGUAGAUUUGAAACUCUUGACUUUGAAGAGUUGUUGCUUGAAUGUUUUAUGUCUCUGUUCUACUUACGGGAUGGGUUGUGUCACUGCAGUGGUGGAAUUCACUUUGAACAGUGUUUUUUCCUCAGGGAUACAGUUGAUAAUGACCAUGGGAAAUGCACUUUACCAAAGCAGCUUCUCAGCAAAGCAGAUCCAGCACAUGGACCAUAUCUAAAAUUAAUUAAAUAUUUUGUCUGAAAUGUUCUAUUUCACAAUAAAAAAGUUCAAGCUUAUUAUUUUAUUUUUUUUCUUUUACAAAAUGGCAAAUUUCUUCUAGAAAAACAAGAUAUUUUCAGUGUACUCUUCUUCCUUCCCACUCAAAGAAUUCUGAAUUAUUCAGUGUGUCUCACGUUAAUCUUUGGUACAAACGUGCUCUUGAAAGAAGCCCUUGCUUCAAAUCCCUUCCAGUGACACUUUGUGCAGCAAAACUGGGGAAUUUGAAACCUGAACUCAGGAAGGAGAAGUUGUUUUGCACGUUUAGCAUUUGGUGUCUCCUUAACUCGUGCCAGAUUUUGUGUGCUGGUGGCAUUUUCAGCCAGUCUGUCUGAACAAGUGCAGGGUCUGCCAUGUGCUGUUUGUGCACAAAGCUUUCAAAUUCUGACCAUCUACUGCCUUUCUAUCUUGUUUGCCUAAGGAGGGGCUUUGAAAUGAAUUUUAUAAUGUUACACAGACAAAAAUAUAACCAAUUUACAUUGUGGCAUAUUGAAAUUUUCCUUGAAAAUAUCUUUAUUUUGAAUUAA